CUGAGGUUGUACAUUGCAAUGGUGCUUAGAAUUAAAUAACAGGGAUUGAGUUGUAAAUAUCAGCGCAAGUGCAAAGACAUACAUGCGUGUGCGCUUCUAUAUGUAUGUAUGCAUCUACAUGUUAUAAGUGAAAUAAAUUAUCAUGGGAAAUAAUGCAAUUUUUCGGAUAAGCUUUUGUAUUACUUUGAGUGUUUCAAUAAACGCAAAGCUUUUUACAAAUAGCUCACAAGGUCAUUACCUCACAAAGAACAGAUGCUUGAAUCCCCCGCGAACUGCACGACGGGUGGAAAAUUUUAUACAGGAAUGUCAGGAAGAAGUAAAAAAUAAAAUUCUUAAUGAGGCGUUCCUGAUUCUUAAAGAUGAAGCUUACAAGGAUUAUUCGACACUGGAUAUGAAUAACUAUAACAUGAAUUUGGGUGGAAACUCUGGAACUAUUGAAUCUCUACGACAUGUAAUCCAAGAGCCAUCAUCAGUGCAUAUGCCCUCCGCUGCUCCUUAUCCAACUGGAUCUCCCAGACCGUCAAUAAGACGCUUACUACAUGGAAUACAGCGCAUUGCGCAUGACCCGGCAAAUGCUGUCUACCACCCCACAAUAGUAUCAUACGAAGAUAAACGCAUAGCAGGAUGCCUACUACAUUGCAUAUACGCAAGAAACAAUGCUAUCGACAAACUUGGAUGGCCUACGCUUGAUGGCCUCGUAGACUUUUAUUCAGAGGGUGUGAACGAACAUGAAUUCUUUAUGGCCACUUUGCGAUCCGUAAACCUUUGCUUGCACGCAAUAACAAUGAAGUAUCGUAUCAAUCGCCGGAAACUGCCAGAGCAUGGAGAAAGUUGUGAUUUAGCUUUCGAUGUAUUUGAUUGUAUUUCGGACCAAAUUACGGGCUAUUGCUUCGAUCAAUAUAAUUGAUAUACAUAUAUUUAAUAAAGUGCACACACAUACAUAUA